CGAAAAUGAAAAUAGAUUAUCCAAAAUUUCCCCAAAACACUGUAAUCAAUUACGCACUAACCGCAUCAUCUUCUAUCCCGAAGCUCCAAAAAACACACCAGCUAGCAGAGCAACCGUUGGUCUCUCUCCUCAAGCUUCAGAGACCAUUGUAGGCAGAGCAACCAUCAGUAGAGUGACUGUGAAACCCUACUCCCACUCCCUGGCCCUAGCUCUCAUUUGUCGCCACGAGCUCUUAUAUCGUUCUCUGGUCUCUCUUCAAAUCCAUUUGGGGAGGAACCCGCAAAUGUUCGCCAUUAAAGCCAGGAAACUGCUUGGAGAGGGUUUCCUAUGGAGACAUUAUUUUGGGGUGGCUGUGAAGUCUUCAAAGAGAGAAAAGAAGCUUGCAUAUGACCAUAAGGUAUGCCAAUUGCUGGAUCAAUACAACCAGGUUCUAGUUGCAGAGGCUGAUAAUAUAAGAUCCAAUCAAUUGCAAAAUGUUCGCAAGGGAGUCAGCCAGGAUUCAGUGGUGAUAAUGAGCAAGAACACUGUGCUAAGGCAAACCAUUAAGGCUCAUGCUGAGAAGACAGGAAACAAGGCCUACUUAAAUCUCAUUCCUCUUCUUUAUGGAAACGUCAGUCUCAUUUUCACUAAAGGUGACCUCAAGGAAGUGCAUGAUGAGGUUGCCAAGUUCAAGAAGGGAGUAAAGGCGGGAUCUGCUGAGUCUUCUUUGCUCACAAAGCUGGGGAUGAAGCCGUACUCACUCGUGGUUCACUCGGUGUACGACAAUGGCUCAGUGUACAGACCUGAGGUUCUCGAGCUCACUGAGGAUGAGAUUUACAAGAGUGGAGCUUCCAUUUUAGCUUCAUUAUCUAUGGCCCUUUCAUACCCCAUUGUGGCUUUAUGGGCAGCUUCACCACCCAUAGGUAUGGAUGGGUCUAAGAAUGACAUGACCAUGAAUGCUCAGCCAGAGAAUUCAAGCUCUCAGGCUCAAAAUGUCCAGUAGUAUGUUGAAGUAAUGGUAUUGGAUUGGUGGUUUUGUUUUAUCAAGUCAUUGGAUGAUUUUGGGUUUUUGGGUCUCUUUCUCUCUCUCUCUCUUAAAUUGCUUAGUUGGCCAUGCGACACAGUUACAUAUCAAUUACUAAGAGGUUGGAGUGAAAAAA